AGGGAGGGGGCGGCGGUGUCGGGGCGCUGUGCUGCCCCGGGUCCCGCUGCUGCCCCGGGUCCCGCGCCGCCAUGGUGCUGGACAGCCUGGCCCGCAUCGUCAAGGUGCAGCUGCCCGCCUACCUGAAGCGCCUGCCGCUGCCCGAGAGCGUGGGCGGCUUCCUCCGCCUCACAGUUUCAGAAUGGCUGCGGUUACUGCCUUUCCUGGGCGUGCUGGCCUUGCUCGGUUACCUCGCUGUUCGUCCCUUCCUCUCCAAGAAGAAACAGCAAAAGGAUAGUUUGAUUAACCUCAAGAUCCAGAAGGAAAAUCCAAAAGUAGUGAAUGAAAUAAACAUUGAAGAUCUGUGCCUCACUAAAGCUUACUGCAGGUGUUGGCGUUCAAAGACGUUCCCUGUCUGUGAUGGCUCCCACAACAAGCACAAUGAAUUAACAGGAGAUAAUGUAGGUCCACUAAUACUCAAGAAGAAGGAAGUAUAGCAGAUGCUUAAUUCACUAGAUCAUGACUGAUAAAAAGUCUUUUUGUAUCAUUGUAGUUGCAAAGGACAGUAUCUUACUAUGUGAUUGGUAUGAUUUAAUCUAAUGAUUGCUGUCAAUUUCUUUUUGGAAUAAAUUGCAUUUAGGCAGUGCUAAA